AUGGGUAGAGUUAGAACUAAAACCGUUAAGCGUGCUUCCAAAGCCUUAAUUGAAAAACAUUAUCCAAAAUUAACUUUGGAUUUCCAAACUAACAAGAGAUUAUGUGACGAAAUCGCUACCAUCCAAUCCAAAAGAUUGAGAAACAAGAUUGCUGGUUACACCACCCAUUUGAUGAAGAGAAUCCAAAAGGGUCCAGUUAGAGGUAUUUCUUUCAAAUUACAAGAAGAAGAAAGAGAAAGAAAAGAUCAAUACGUUCCAGAAGUUUCUGCUUUGGAUUUGGAAAACCACAACGGUGUCUUAAACGUCGACAAACAAACCGCCGACUUGGUCAAGACUUUGGGUUUGAAAUUACCUUUAUCUGUCACCAACGUCUCUGCUCAAAGAGAAAGACGUUUCAGAAGAAGAGCCUAA